AUGUCAAGAUCACCAUCAUUAGGUUCGAGAUCCUACAAUUCCGUACUAGAUUUCAAAUCAACCACACCCACUCCCACCAGUCCGAUAGGACUGUCGCAAAACAAACAACUUUCGAAAGGUUGGGUUGUGCAGAAGUUUGGUGGUACCUCGGUGGGUAAGUUUUCCAGUGAGAUUGUUGACAAUAUUGUCAAGGACUUUGUGAAACUGAAUCAGGUAGCCGUUGUAUGUUCAGCUAGGUCGUCCAAAACAAAGAGCGAGGGUACAACUUCGCGGUUGAUUAGACUGGCGGAUUUGGCAGCCGAUAACGAGGACUUUGGCGCACUAUUAGAUGUCAUUGAAAAGGACCAUGUUGACAAUUGUGGCAGUUUGAUUGAACUGAGUGUGAUUAGGUCGCAAUUGGUUGAAGAUAUCAAACUGGAGGUAAAGCAUGCCCGUGACUUGCUACAUGCGUGCCAAAUCAUUGGAGAGAUUAGUCCUAGGUCGUUAGACUCGGUGAUGUCAAUUGGUGAAAAAUUAUCAUGUAUUUUCAUGACGGCAUUAAUGAAGGAUCACGGCUUAAAAGCAGUGUAUAUAGAUUUAUCUGACUUGAUUCCGUUGAAUUACGAUUUCACCGAUGGCUUUAAUGAUGAAUUUUACAAGUUUAUGGCGAGAGAAAUCGGUUCGAGAAUAAAUCAAGCCACAGAGGGCGAUCAGGAUGUUGUUCCUGUUCUCACUGGAUACUUUGGUAUUGUUCCAGGUGGGUUACUCAAUGGAGUUGGAAGAGGGUACACUGACUUGUGUGCAGCCUUGGCAGCUGUUGGGAUUCAAGCGGAUGAGUUGCAAAUAUGGAAAGAGGUGGAUGGAAUCUUCACUGCGGAUCCAAGAAAAGUUCCCAAUGCUAGAUUAUUGGAUAGUGUCACUCCUGAAGAAGCGGCAGAGUUGACCUAUUACGGAAGCGAAGUUAUUCACCCAUUUACCAUGGAGCAAGUCAUUAAGGCAAAAAUCCCCAUUAGAAUCAAAAACGUCAUCAAUCCUCAUGGGAAAGGAACAAUUAUAUAUCCGGACAAUAUUGCAAGGCGUGGUGAAGCCACUCCACCUCAUCCACCUGCAGCAUAUGAAACAUUACCUGUCAGUUACAUCACUUCACACAAGAGGAGGUCUGCUACAGCAAUCACUGCUAAGCAGGAUAUUGUUGUGGUCAAUGUCCAUUCAAAUAAAAAGACAUUGAGUCAUGGAUUUCUUGCGCAUCUUUUCACCACUUUGGACAAGUAUAAAUUGGUGGUUGAUUUGAUAUCCACCUCAGAAGUGCAUGUGUCUAUGGCACUUUCAGUCCAAGCUGAUCAAGAACACCAAUUGAAACAUGCAUUGUCUGAGUUGAGCAAGAUGGGUACAGUAGACGUGACCAGAAAGAUGACAAUUGUUUCUCUUGUCGGCAAGCAAAUGGUGAAUUUUAUUGGCAUUGCCGGAAAUAUGUUCAAAGUGUUGGCUGAUGAGAGAAUUAACAUUGAGAUGAUUAGUCAAGGAGCAAACGAAAUAAAUAUCAGUGCAGUCAUUAAUGAAAAAGACACGCUAAGAGCAUUGCAAUCCAUACACGCCAAGUUACUAGAAGGUAAUUACGUUUACGAGGGAUCAGAAAGUGGAGCCUCAGCUAUUGAUAUACGUUUGGAAGCAUUGAAGUUUGGAGAAUGA